AACUUUCUAUAGUUCUUGAAGAUGAAGUUCUCGUUUCCUCUCACCAUUCUCUUACUUCUUCUCCUUCUCCAACAAACCCUACUUUCAGCCAUGGCAGAUAUACAACUCAUAAAAAACACAUGCAAGGGCACACCUUCCUCCAGUUUAUGCCUCAAGAUUCUAUUAGCAGACCCCAAGAGCCAAAAUGCAGAUCUAACAGGGUUAGCACUCAUCGGAGUUGAUGCAGUCAACAACAAAGGUCUAGAAAUCUUAGAGCAGAUUGUUGCUCUUAAAAAGUCUAGGCAAGAGUUGAGACCGGCGUUGGAUCACUGCGCGGAGGUGUAUCAUGCGGUGGUUGAUGCGGAUGUGCCGUCGUCUAGGGAUGCAUUGAGAACUGGCGUGGCUAAGUUUGCUGAGCAAGGAAUGGCAGAUAGCGCGGUGGAAGCGCAGGUGUGUGAGGGGAGUUUCGGUGAGCAUGGUCGCACGUCUCCAAUGACGGGCUCAAACAAUGCUAUGGAUGAUGUUGCUAAUGUGGUUAGGGCCAUUAUUCGUAAGUUGUUAUAAGUGGUGUUAUGUUUAUUGUCUUAUGCAUCUGUCAAAAACAAUGUUUCUAAGAGGUGGAACAAAAAAUUGGUUGUUAAUGAAGUCUACUUGAAACAAGUGAAGAUCACUAAAGCUGGAAAACAUUAUAUAAUUGCGGUCUUGGAGAUGGAUGGAAGCAAAUCAUAAAUGAUAUUCCAAUAAAAUUUGUCUAUCUUGUGUGUCUAUUUAACAUUAUGAAUUGUAAUAUAUACUUGACCUUUUUUUCGUAUCUAAUAUAAUAUGUAAUUGUGUCCUCGCCUUUU